AUGGCCGUGUCAUCACAUCCAGAUGAUUUCUUUCGUACAACCGCUGCCGUGGAGGACUCACAUCGCAAAGCCAAAAAGUCAGAGAACUUAAAUGGAAACCCGAUCAAGCUCAAUAGCAAACUUCUGGCAAUCGCUGCUGAUCCCUCCAGCAGUCACUCUGUCUAUGUCGCCGAGAGUGCAGGCCUUCUAAGGAGAGUGGAACUUGAAUCAGGCAAAACUUCCGCCCUUUACAAAGGACCAACCGCACCCCUAACAAGCAUCUGCCUUUCCCCCGAUGGCACAACCAUAUAUGCUGGCUGCUGGGACAAGACUAUCUGGAGCUGGGACGUAGCUACGCGGCAACCGAAACAAAGAUAUGAGGGGCACACCGACUUCGUAAAGGCUCUAAUUUCCCUUAGAGUUCCCGGUGAUGAUUUGCUGAUAUCCGGCGGGGCAGAUACUCAAAUAAUUAUCUGGAGCAUACGUACCGGCAAGCGGUUGCAUAGCUUCACAUACUACGCUCUUGGAAUACAGGACUUUGCCAUUGACCCCCUGGUAUCCGAAGAGGAUCCGUCAGAGGUUACUGUCUUCAGCGCAGGAAGUGAUCCAGCCAUCUGCUAUUUCAAAGCAUCCUCUCCGAUGAAGGAGCUGAAGCUUUCAGAACCCAUAGUGGAACAUAAAACCGGCGUCUUUAAAAUUUUCUUCGACGCGGAUGGCGACCUGUGGACAGCGUCCGCGGAUAAAACUGCCAAGUGUCUAACCAGAGAAACUAAGUGGAAGCCGAACAUGGUGUUAGAACAUCCGGAUUUUGUUAAGGAUGUUGUCGUGCAUGAACGGGGGGGUUGGGUGGUCACCGCAUGCAGGGAUGAAGAAGUGCGAGUAUGGAAUUGUGCGACUGGAAAAUUGCACCAUACAUACUCAGGCCAUUUCGAAGAAGUUACUGGCCUUUUGUUAAUUAACUCAACGAUUGUUAGCAUCAGUAUUGAUGCCACGAUACGGCAGUGGUCAUUGGACCCAGCCCAGCUCCAGGAGGCCAAAGCAAAGGCAGAAAGUUCGACCGAAGACAACGAGGUGGAAAAUCCCCCCGAGUCAUUGCUGACGGAAGAGGAGGAGAGGGAACUUGCUGAAUUGAUGGGCGAUGAUUAG